UGAUCCAAUUUCUCCCUACACGGGCUGGUUGCUGACUAUUACAGAGACCAAACAGCCACAGCCCUUACCGAUGCCUUGUACUGGAGGAUGCUGGGCCCCCCUGGUUGACUACCUCCCCGAGACAAUCACUCCCCGGGGGCCGCUCCAUAGGUGCAACAUUGCUGUAAUUUUUAUGACGGAGAUGGUGGUGGAUCACAGUGUAAGAGAAGACUGGGCUCUUCAUCUACCGUUAUUACUUCAUGCCGUCUUCUUAGGUUUGGACCAUUACCGACCUGAAGUCUUUGAACACAGCAAAAAGUUGCUGCUCCACCUCUUGAUCGCCCUCUCUUGCAACAGUGAUUUUCAUGCCAUUGCUUCCGUACUCCUGCAGACUCGAGAGAUGGGUGAAGCUAAGACGCUCACCGUUCAGCCAGCUUACCAGCCUGAAUAUCUCUAUACAGGUGGCUUUGACUUCCUGAGAGAGGACCAGUCAUCCCCGGUGCCAGACUCGGGGCUGAGCUCCAGUUCCACCUCCUCCAGCAUCAGCCUGGGAGGCAGCAGUGGGAACCUCCCGCAGAUGACCCAAGAGGUAGACGACGUGGACGCAGCUGCAGAGGCAGAUGAAAAGGCAAACAAGCUCAUUGAGUUUCUGACGACCAGGGCAUUUGGUCCACUUUGGUGCCAUGAAGACAUCACACCCAAAAAUCAAAAUUCAAAGAGUGCUGAACAGCUCACUAAUUUUCUACGUCACAUUGUGUCCGUAUUUAAAGAUUCCAAAUCAGGUUUCCACCUGGAGCAACACUUGAGUGAAGUGGCAUUACAGACAGCACUCGCAAGUUCUUCCAGGCACUAUGCCGGUCGGUCCUUCCAGAUAUUCCGGGCCCUCAAGCAACCUUUGUCAGCCCACGCCUUAUCUGACCUUCUCUCUAGGUUGGUGGAGGUGAUCGGAGAACACGGAGAUGAGAUUCAGGGUUAUGUAAUGGAAGCGCUCCUUACCUUGGAAGCUGCUGUGGAUAACUUGUCCGACUGCUUGAAGAACAGUGAUCUUUUAACUGUAUUAUCUCGCUCUUCAUCACCAGAUCUAAGUUCCAGCACUAAACUAACAGCAAGCAGAAAGAGCACAGGACAACUAAAUGUGAACCCUGGAACUGCCAGUGGCAGCACCACGACUGCAGAACGAAGCCGGCAUCAGAGAAGCUUCUCUGUGCCCAAGAAAUUUGGUGUUGUCGACCGAUCCUUUGACCCACCUCGAAGUGCCACACUGGACAGAAUUCAGGCUUGUACCCAGCAAGGCCUCUCCUCAAAAACCAGAAGCUCAUCUUCUUUGAAAGAGAGUCUCACAGACCCGUCCCAUAUAAGCCACCCAACCAACCUGUUGGCCACCAUCUUCUGGGUCACAGUGGCCUUGAUGGAGUCUGAUUUUGAGUUUGAAUACUUAAUGGCCUUGAGGCUGUUGAAUAGACUGCUGGCACAUAUGCCACUUGAUAAAGCUGAGAACCGAGAAAAACUUGAGAAACUCCAGGCACAGCUCAAGUGGGCCGACUUCUCAGGGCUGCAGCAGCUGCUGCUGAAAGGAUUCACAUCCCUCACCACCACAGACCUUACCCUGCAACUUUUCAGUUUGCUGACACCAGUCUCCAAAAUACCCAUGGUGGACUCAUCCCAGGCUAUAGGGUUUCCAUUGAAUGUCUUGUGCCUCCUGCCCCAGCUGAUUCAGCAUUUUGAAAAUCCCAAUCAGUUCUGUAAGGACAUAGCCGAAAGGAUUGCUCAGGUUUGUUUGGAAGAGAAGAACCCUAAACUUUCCAAUCUUGCCCAUGUUAUGACUCUUUAUAAAACACACAGCUACACGAGGGACUGUGCCACGUGGGUCAAUGUGGUCUGUCGCUAUCUUCAUGAAGCAUAUGCUGAUGUUACCUUGAACAUGGUGACCUACCUUGCAGAGUUGCUGGAGAAGGGCCUCCCUAGUAUGCAGCAGCCCCUCCUCCAGGUGAUCUACAGUCUGCUCAGCUACAUGGACCUUUCUGUCGUUCCUGUCAAGCAGUUUAAUGCGGAAGUUCUGAAGACCAUUGAAAAAUAUGUGCAAAGUGUCCACUGGAGAGAAGCUCUGAGUAUCUUGAAGCUGGUAGUGUCACGAUCUGCCAGCCUCGUUCUGCCUUCCUACCAGCACAGUGACCUCUCCAAGGUGGAAAUACAUCGUGUGUGGACCAGUGCAUCCAAGGAAUUGCCUGGGAAGACCCUGGACUUUCACUUUGAUAUUUCAGAGACACCAAUCAUCGGGAGGCGAUAUGAUGAACUGCAGAAUUCCUCUGGGCGUGAUGGGAAGCCCAGGGCCAUGGCCGUCACCCGGAGCACAUCCUCCACUUCAUCAGGCUCCAACUCCAAUGUCCUUGUUCCUGUGAGCUGGAAAAGGCCCCAGUAUUCUCAGAAGAGGACAAAGGAGAAGUUGGUGCAUGUCCUAUCUCUGUGUGGCCAAGAAGUAGGAUUAAGCAAAAACCCAUCAGUGAUUUUUUCAUCGUGUGGGGAUUUGGAUCUGCUUGAACACCAGACAAGCUUGGUGUCUUCAGAGGACGGCGCCCGGGAACAGGAGAACAUGGACGACACCAACAGUGAACAGCAGUUUAGAGUCUUUAGAGACUUCGAUUUCCUAGAUGUGGAGCUGGAGGAUGGAGAGGAACUUCAGGGUGAGAGCAUGGACAAUUUCAACUGGGGAGUGCGCAGGCGUUCUCUGGACAGCCUGGACAAGUGUGAUAUGCAGAUUCUGGAGGAGCACCAACUUUCAGGAAGUACUCCCAGCCUAAAUAAAAUGAACCGUGAGGACUCUGAUGAGUCAUCUGAGGAGGAGGACCUCACAGCCAGCCAGAUCCUGGAGCACUCAGACCUAAUCAUGACCCUCUCCCCCUCUGAGGAGACUAAUCCCAUGGAAUUACUCACCACGGUCUGUGACUCGGCUCCCGCUGACCCUCACUCCUUUCACAGCAGAAUGGCUAGCUUUGACACUUCUUUGCCCGAUAUGAAUAAUCUGCAGAUUACUGAGGGUUCAAAGGCUGAAGCUGUCCAGGAGGAGGAGGACACCACCGUGCAUGAGGAUGAUCUUUCCAGUUCCAUCAAUGAACUCCCAGCAGCUUUUGAAUGCAGUGACAGCUUCAGCCUGGAUAUGACUGAGGCAGAGGAAAAAGGCAAUCGAGCCCUGGACCAGUUUACUCUUGCAAGCUUUGGAGAAGGCGACAGGGGCGUCUCUCCGCCCCCCUCGCCCUUCUUCUCGGCCAUCCUGGCUGCCUUCCAGCCCACGGCCUGUGACGACGCCGAGGAGGCAUGGCGCAGCCACCUCAACCAGCUCAUGUGCGACUCGGAUGGCUCCUGUGCUGUGUACACCUUUCACGUGUUCUCUUCUUUGUUCAAGAAUAUUCAGAAAAGGUUCUGCUUCCUAACCUGUGAUGCAGCCAGUUACCUUGGAGAUAACCUCCGGGGAAUCGGAUCCAAAUUCGUCAGCUCUUCCCAGAUGCUCACCUCCUGCUCUGAAUGCCCUACACUUUUCGUGGAUGCUGAGACUCUCCUCUCUUGUGGACUUCUGGACAAGCUCAAGUUCAGCGUUUUAGAACUGCAGGAAUAUUUGGAUACCUACAACAACAGAAAAGAGGCCACUCUCUCAUGGCUGGCAAACUGUAAGGCAACAUUUGCAGGAGGAUCAAGAGAUGGAGUAAUUACCUGCCAACCAGGGGACUCAGAAGAAAAGCAAAUGGAAUCUCUUGCACAAUUGGAACUGUGUCAGAGAUUAUAUAAGCUACACUUCCAGCUGCUAUUGCUUUUUCAGUCCUACUGUAAGCUCAUCGGCCAGGUGCAUGAAGUUAGCUCCAUGCCAGAGCUGCUAAAUAUGUCCAGAGAACUGAGCGACCUCAAGAAAAACCUGAAGGAGGCCACUGCAGCCAUUGCAGCCGACCCUCUUUACAUAGAGGGAGCGUGGGCCGAGCCGACCUUCACAUCUACCGAAGCAGCCAUCCAGUCCAUGCUGGAGUGCCUGAAGAACAACGAACUCAGCAAAGCACUACGGCAAAUCAGGGAAUGCAGAAGUCUGUGGCCCAAUGACAUCUUUGGAAGCAGUUCUGAUGAUGAGGUCCAGACACUACUGAAUAUUUAUUUCCGUCACCAAACUCUGGGACAGACAGGUACUUAUGCACUGGUGGGAUCUAACCAGAGCCUAACUGAAAUCUGCACCAAGCUGAUGGAGCUGAACAUGGAGAUCCGGGACAUGAUUCGCAGGGCUCAGAGUUACCGAGUCCUCACGGCUUUUCUUCCAGACUCCAGUGUUUCUGGCACUAGUCUCUGACAGGAGCCCCCCAUGCCCCCUCGGUUCCAAGCUGGCAGUGCUGCCAUGCUGGGGCAAUGUCAUUCAGUGUCUUCUCAGCCUUCAGAAGGCUUGGUCAGACUGUUCUCCCUAUUGUUACCUGCAGGACUUUUUCUAAAGAGGAUGGCAGAACUUCCAACAUGUAGCAAUACUAUAAAAACCAAGAUAGCAUAGAACAUCCUGGGACAGACUCCAUCCGUCAUGCUGUGUAGCACAAAUGUGUUAUUUUACUGAGCAAAUGCAACUCACUACUGAAGUGACUUCCAUUGCAUACCAAAGCCGACUACACUGAAUAGUACCUUCCUUUCUAGAAACAAUUUUAGAUUGGCAAAAGUGCAAUGUUUUUCUUCGCUAAAAAAUUUUUUAUACUCUAAAACUUGUACAUUCUUUCCCUUUUUCCUUUUUUUCCUUUCUUUGGUGAGCUGAGAAAGGGGCAGGCAGAAUGAAGCUGGCCACUGAAAACUGUAAGAUGGUCAAAAGCUGACAGCCUGUGUACGUGAAAAGGGAACUAAAUGAACUACAAUUUAAUAUACACUGUAAUUUGAAUACAAUUACUGAUCUAAAUGAGCUGCUAGGAAGUAACUUUCUUACAUUGCUAGGCUACUGUUUCUGAAGGCCCUAGAUCUCUUUGCACCAAAAAUGGUCCAGAGACUCUUUUUAAGGAUCUUGGCUGCUUUUCAUUAGAAGGUUGCUUUUAUGAGCAUAUUUAUACUGCAGAAGGAUGAGUGUUACUUUUAAUUAACUUCGCCGUUUUGUAGAGAAAAAUUAUUUACAUUAUAAAUUCUAAGUCUUUUCACUUGUCACGCAUGCAUACUUUAUCCAUUUGGAUAGCUGGGAGUAGAAUCAUAAAGGUAAAAUAUGAGUUGUCACUUUGUUUCUUAAUAAGUGUCAUAUUUUAUUUGUAAUAUAUAUGUAAAGGGCCAUUCUUAAGUUCGCUCCUUAAACUUAACACUGUCAAGUGUUAGAUGUGUGCAUGUGAGCCUGUUGCACAUCAGAAACAUAUUCAAAGUUUAUCUAUGUAACUUAUUCACUCUGUAAAUACAUUUAAAGUUUUU